AUGAAGGAGGACGCGCAACCUAAUAACGCGAAUGAAGGCAAAAAUUCGGGAGUGGUGGGUUUCCCCAGCUUGUCCUCCGCGCAAAACCCAUUUUCCAUGACCUGUCCAUGCACUACAUUCAAGAAAAACCAACGUCUCAAUGAGUUGUUGGAUGUGCUAGAAGCCCUGGGAGCGCGCAGACCUAUCGGUGGUAUCUCAACAGCGUUCAUCGCUACCCUUGGCCCCCUCCAGAAACAAGUAGCUCAAAAAGCCACUCCACUUCUACUGGGAGCUCGUCUCUUCCCACUUCCCAAGUACGACGAGAACGGGAAACUCAAACACGAAAUCUGUCUCGAGCAUCGUCAUUCCUACAUCCGCAAGAACGCCGUAUUCGCCAUGUACACUAUCUACCGCGAAUACAAACACCUUGUCCCAGACACCCUUGAUUUCAUGCAGACUUUCAUCGCCGCAGAGUCUGACGCGACGUGCAAAUGUUGUGGAGUGGUUGAUGAUCAGCUGACGAGUAUGGAUGAGCUGUUGCAGAUGAGCGUUGUAGAGGUCCUUAUGUUGGAUUCUAAUAACGAUAAGACGCACCGACGUCCGUGCUUCAUCAACCUCAUCAUCAAACAAUUCGACAACAACGUCAAGCUGAUCGUCCUGUAUCGCCUGGACACCCUUCGUUCCAAGCACGGACACAUUCUGGAUGGACUGAUCCUGCAUAUCUUACAGGUUUUGUCGAGCGCUGACAUCGAGGUCGGAAGGAAAGCCAUGAGCAUUGUGCUUAGCAUUACUUCGACUCGGACGUCGUACUCUUCUUCAAGAAGCAGCUGCAACGGACACGAGCGGGGAUUCGAAAAGGCCCCAGAGUACAGCCAACUCCUGAUCCAAUCUAUCCACGUCUUAGCGGCCAAGUGUUCCAAAGUAGCUGCAAGUGUUAUCCACGCACUCAUGGAAUUCCUCGGAGACUCGAAUGACCCCUCUGCGUUGGACGUCGUCGCUUUCGUCUGGAGAUCCGGAAACUGCUUGGAUAGAUCCAGAUUCUUGCAAGCGAGCAACGAGGCUGGCGGAGAGGAGGAUAAAGAGGAGGAUAAGAAGGUUGAGGGGAGUGGGCGACCGAAGGUGCUUGCUGACAGAACAUAUGCGACGGAGACGGCCUGCACGAGUACUGGCACUCAUUUGGAGGUGACUUCUUCACGGUCUACAUUGAUUGCGACUUCCAUUAUCCGAGUCGGUCAGUCAACAGAAAAAGACAGCAAAGAAGAGUCAGAAAGCACACAGGAACAUCUCGUACAAGUGGAUGACUUGCUUACUUUCAGGCAAUUCUCGAACACAUCGGCGGAUGAUCCUAUUGAUUACGUUGAGGACUUGGGCAAGGCGAUGGGGCCGCUGAAGUCAGGCAAGACCUCAGUAGUAUAUUCCAGCUCACAGUCCAGGAUGCUCAUCAUCGACAUGGUAACUGUCCCGAACGUAGAUGCGACUCCUGCAAACUAG